AAAAAAAAGACAAAAUGUCCAACUGUCCUUCAAAUCAAGCUUGUUUGUUUAUCACUGUGUUUAGUAUAAAUUAAAAUUGACUGACAUAUAAAUUGUAACUUUUGCAAUGUCUUCGAAGACUCAUGAAAAUGGGGAGCAAGAUAUCGAUUGGGUUCAACUCCGUAAAGAUAUGGAUUCCAUUCGUGUAGAAACUAUACAAGAAAAAUUUGAACGAAAAUUUAAAGAAAAUCCAUUCGUACCUAUAGGCUGUGUGGCAACGGCGGGCGUGCUGCUCUACGGGCUGUGGUGCUUCAGGCUGGGCCGCACCAGGAUGUCGCAGUACAUGAUGCGCGCGCGUAUCGCCGCGCAAGGCUUCACCGUGGCCGCUCUCAUUGUGGGAAUAGGCAUCAGUGCAAACAACGUGUCUAAACAAAAUGAGUGAAAUGUUGCUCUACAUUAAAGGAGUCUAGUUUUCAACUGAAAAGUUUAGUGCAUUAAUUUAUAUACCAUAAUCAGAAGUGUUUACACACAAAAAAAUAUCUCUCUGUGAUCCUAAAAAUUAUUGCUUGUGGCAAACAAAAGAUUUAAUUAAGAGGUAGCAGGCUGUGCCUGAUCAGAUUAAUUUUCAUUUGAUGUGCUCCUCAGCACAACACAUGAAAUAAUUAUAACCUCUGUAUUUACAUAUAUCUAUGUACUGUUGAAAAACUCACAUAUUAAACUUAUCACUUUAGA